CCAUAGACAGCUCUCUGAUCUUCAUGUUGGUUUAUCCUUCAUAACAACAAAUAUGGUCUUCACAGGUGAAACCUAGGGAUCAAACCACAAGUACACAUUCAGAGCUAUUAAUUCUUUAAACAAUCAAUGUAACAGGGCACAACCGGGCAGCAAAAAACACCUCUCAGGUACGUGUUCCGAUAUUACUGAUCACUUGAAAAAUGGGUGGGUUCAACACACAUCUGGACGUAAAUAUGAGGACGUGAUCUUGCUGUUCCGACACUUUCGGAGCGGACUCUUCAUCUGUUCAGUUUAUGUCAGACUACUUUGCAGGUCCCUGUGUUAACAGAAUCUAAUUAUUAUGGCAGAAUCAUGAUUUCGUUCAGUGUUGAGUCUGUAAAAAUGCAGUAUGACAAAUCUCAUGAAAAUAUAUAAUAUUUCAUUCAAUAAUCCUGUUAGUACGUGUAAAAUCUCUUAAAGAGUUUAAAUCUCUAAGAGAUAUAAUGAGUCUUACAGAGUCAUUAACUCUCUUAAUGAGUAGGUUUAAGCAAUACAUUUGUAAUAACUUACUGUACCGUCACAUGUGCACGUUACAAAUUUGUAUUGGUGUACACCACACUUGUCCCUCUGUGGAGGCAGAUAUAAAGCCACUCAGUGUCACACACCCUUAUAUUCAAACAAGCCUCAUUUAGGACAAGGCAACCCUGAACUAUGCAGAGCCAAAUAGUCACCGUUGCGGCAUUGCUGUUUUGCUGUGGACUGAUAUAUGUGGUCAUUUGGAACAGGAUGCCUAGUUCCCAUGUAGUCCAUCUUCCGACAAGGAAACCGGAAUUAUUUUGGGGAGCGCUUAUAACCCCUCCUGUGACACCGUUGCUGAAUUUGUCUUCUGGAAAAACAACGGCAGGAGCGUCGGUGAAUCGUGCGACUUUAAGGACGUCGGAGCUUAAACAUCGGAUCAACAUAACUCCAAUUCCCAUCCUCUAUAAGAAAAACUUCACAAAGUUGCCCAAGUGGGACUUCGAUGACGUUUAUAUGCAGAGCAGUGGAGCACGACGGCCGGUCUGUUCAAAGUCUCUCCAGAACUCCAAAGAUAAAGCGUUUCAGGAGGCUGCGAUGUGGAAGAUCCAGCUUUGGCUUCACAACGGCCACCUCAAUGUGAGCGAGUGGAACCGUCUAACGCACUUCAACAACCCGUAUGGGUUUAUGGAAUAUAAUUAUACCGACAUCAAAAGGUCAGUCGAUCUGAUCCCGAAGCCUAAAUACUAUCAGCUUUUACCAGUGCCCAGUGGGUCAACCGAUGGAUGCAUUCGCUGCGCUGUAGUUGGCACCGGUGGCAUUCUCAACGGCUCCAAAAUGGGCACCGAGAUCGACUCUCACGAUUACGUGUUUCGAAUGAACGGAGCGGUCACCAAAGGCUUCGAGGAAGAUGUUGGAAAUAAAACCUCGGUGUACGUGCACACGUCGUUCUCCUUAACUCAGUCCAUUAUAGGACUGGGAGAGUCCUUCAAACGCAUUCCACAUGAUGAGGGAAUUAUAUACGUAAUGAUUCCGGAGGGUCUCAGAGAUUUCGAGUGGCUUGAAGGCCUCCUGGGGAAAAAGAGGAUGACGUACGGAUCCUACAAAGGUUACAGGCCGUUCACCUUCUACAGCGACCGGUUCCGAGAGGAUAAAUUUUAUGUCCUUCACCCUGACUUUCUAAGAUACAUUCGGAACAGAUUCCUGCCAUCUAAAACUCUGGAGACGUCACACUGGGCAAUAUACCGACCGACCAAUGGAGCGUUCACGUUGUUCUUAGCUCUUCACACCUGCGAUAUCGUAAAUGCGUAUGGAUUCAUCACUGCAGACCACAGCAAAUACCCCAACUAUUACAUUCACAGAAACACAAAAACCAGAGUCAUUUUUUACAUCAAUCAUGACUAUAAUGUGGAGAUUAAAACCUGGAAGAAGCUGCAUGACGCUGGAAUCAUCAACCUUUACCAAAGACAGGAAAAACCAAACCCGACUGUGACUUAAUGAACACUUUUAUUUCUGUAUUACUGUAUAUACAUGCACUUAGGUAAAUACGGCUAGGGCAGAGACGUCCAGUGUAUUUAAAAUAUAUAUGUAAUAUAUAUAUAUUUUAUAUCAUUUGUUGUUUUUAUUUGAUAAUAUAAUAUAACAUGGCUUUGUUACUUACAGAAUUAGUGGGUCGUUCAAGUUUUGUUCCACAAUGUGGAAAAGUUGUGCUUGAGCUGUUUUUUCCCCUCUUUGAUUUCAACCUAAUUAAAAUAUGUUUCCUGGGGAAAAAAAAAAAAAAAAGAUCAUCACAUAUCCAAAACAGUCUGGGCAUUUUUAGUUACUGUCUGAUCUUUUCUUGUUCUAAAUAUAUACAAGUAUUGCAUAGUAAAAAUGACCGUAUAAAUAUAACUAUUGAAAUAAACUCUGUUUCUACUUUGAAAACAAUAUGAAUAUUUCUGCAUUUUCCGCAAAUUAGUCUAUAACCCAGUAAUUAUGGCUUUCUGCCAGCAGGUGGCGCUUUCAGACUAUAGCAUCUGCAGAGUUUUUUUUUUUUUUUUUUUUUUUUAAAGUUAUGGCUGAUCUGUGCAUAGGUAUAUACAAUCAUGUGAAAAAAUAAGUAUACCCCAUGGAAAGUGUUGGCUCACUCCCCCCAAUUUGGACAAGCAAACAUUUGAUCCUUUUUGAAACAGUGCCUAUUAAUAAAGUUGAUACACUCUCUCAAAUGACACAUAAAAUUGACAUUUUGUAGUUAUUUUCACAAUUUAAAUAAACAAAAAACAGAUUACAUUUAUCACACCUUCAAAUACAUAAAAUUAGAAUCAGGUGUUCCAGAUUGGGUGCCAGUGAUUAGAACCUGCUUAAGGAGUGCAAGUGGAACCUGUCUUAUUUAUACCCCUCUCAUAUCUAGUGUCUGGUGUUCCCUGAGGUGCGUGGUGUCAUCAAGCCAGGAUCUAAAGAGUUCUGUAAGGCCUUAGAAAAAAAGUUGUGGAUACCUAUGACUCUGGCAAGGGAUUUAAAAAGAUCUCCAAAUUAUUUUUUAAUACAUCAUUCCACUGUAAGGAAAAUAUUUCACAAAUCAUGCAGGCUUCAAACGUCUGCAAAUUUGUCCAGGACUGGCCAUCCAAGCAAAUUCAGCAGAAGAGCAGACUGUUUGAUGCAACAGUUUGACAACUGUUGGUGUCAGAGUGCAUGCAUCUACAAUCAGAAAGAGAUUGCACAGAUUUGACCUGCACGGGCGGCGAGCCAGGAAAAAGCCUUUGCAAGACUACAGUUUGCCAAUGAGCAUAUAGUUAAAGACCAGGCCUUCUGGAACAAUGUGCUCUGGACAGACGAAUCAAAGAUAGAGUUGUUUGGCCACAGUAACAGCAGACAUGUUUGCCACAGACCGAAAACAGCCUUUCAAGAGAAGCACCUCACACCAACUGUGAAGCACGGUGGUGGAAAUGUUAUGGUUUGUGGUUUCUUCACUGUCUCAGGGACUGGACAGCUUGCAUUCAUUUAUU